UAACUACACGCAGCUGUGGUCCAAGGCCCCAUGAUCCACGCAUUCUUUCACCAGCAGGCGAAGGCAGUCGUCGUGCGGCAUGGAGAGACCGUGCGUGUCGCUCCAUCACUUCCUUACGAUCCCCCCUCCCACCUUCCCCCCCCACCUUUGCUGCCUCCCACACCGGCCUCUCGCCCACACCUCCUCUCGUAAUCGCCGUGCGCCGUGCCCGGUCGAUGAGGGUGGUUAGAAGGAGGACGAGAGAGAGAGAGGGAGAGGUUUGAAGGACGAAACUUUUUUAUAAAUUGGCCUCCCCCCCACCCCGUUCCCGACAGCAAGCUGCGUGUGCUGGUCGAUGAUCAUCGCCGAGCCACUUCAGAUCGAGCUCUCGCGGACCUGUGCCUACCAGGCAGGGGACAUCACUCACCCCAGAGGAGGCGUCUCCACUCAUCGCGGCUCUCGCCCUGGGCACACUCGUGGCAAGCGGCCCGCCCGGCAGUCGACCGCCUCCCGCCGACCUCUCCGAGAGAGUGCGCGUGACACGGUAACUACGCGACCGUGUGAAGAAGGUGUGAGCAGAUAUAUUCCGUGACGUCCUCUGCCUAAACGCGCUUCGUUGAGUGACGCUCGGAGGAACUGAUUUUGCGCUCGGAGCAUCCGACGUUUCCUGCCGUCACACAGUCUUUAACUUCACCUGCCCAGCUUUGGUAACCCCCCACGGACUGCAAAUAGUCUCUGGAGAACUGCAGCGGGAAUCGAAACUGUGGGACAACGUUGGAGCCCUGUGACCACCGACGCCACUCGGCACGCACCCCUCUCCCCUCCUCCCGUCGUCCACCAACGCUCGCCACCCACCCCACCCACACAUCCACCACCCACUCAUUGACCCACCGACCCACCGACCCACCGACCGACCCACAUGGAGCCGAGGAGCGGUCCUCCGCACGGCCACAACAACCGCCGUGCGGAGCCCGGCGAGGAGCUGGCAGGCCGGCUCGAGCGCUGCAGCAUCACCUCGUCGCUCUCGUCGCCAUCGUCACCCACGUCACCCUCGUCGCCCCCCGGUGGCUCCGGAGCCAGUGACGAUGGCGGCGGCGGAGAAGAGCGCAGCGGCAGGGUGGCGCUGAGCGCCUUCGGCGAGGUGUGCACGCGCCGGACGGGCAGCCAGCAGAUGAUCCCCAAGUCGCUCGCGACCGCCACCGCCGCCGUCGCCACGGCCGCCAAGAAGGGGAGGUCGGCCUCCUCCGCGUCGGCCUUCUCCAAGAAGGGGGUGCCCGCGCUCAAACCGCUCGUCCCGAGGGGCCACAGGGCCACGGUGGCAGUGCAGUUUCCGGUGAACCCCGGCGGGUCGGCAACGGGGUGGACGGGACAGGCGGGAUGCGUGGGGCAGGCCGGGCAGGCGGGGCAGGCGGGGCACGCGGGCUCCGGCAACGGCCGGGUUGCGGGCGGCGUGAGGGAUAGGAGGGAGGAGGUGGUGGUGGUGGAGCGGGACAGGGACGACGAUCACGGGGAGCACGACGAGCCCGAGGAGGAGUGGGAGGGGAAGCGCGACGCGGGAGGCGACCACGACGACGACGACGGGUUUGGGCCGGGGCUGUCGCGGGGGCUGCGCGCUCAGUCGUACCGCCGCGCCGUCGACUUCAGCGACGUGAUCGAGGGCCGCGGCUGCCGCGGCGGCGGCAGGCCCGGCGGCAAGGGUCCGCUCGAGGCCCUGUCCGAGGAGGAGCCGCCGGCCGCCGCGACGGCGGCCACGGUGGCGACGACCAAAACCCGCGGCAAGGUCAAGGGAUUCCAGAUCAUGGACCGACCCCUGAGGAGGAGAAACACCUUCGACAAGAAUCCGGGCCUCUACCAGAACUUCACGGAGAAGGGGCUCUUGGUGAGCGACGCGCUGCGGGAGGAUGUGGAGGCCGAAGAGGCGGAGGAGGCCACCGAGAGGAGCUUCCAGAGCGUGGGCCUGCCCCGGGCGGGGGAAGAGGAGGACGUGGAGGUGGCGGUGGCAGAACCGGAGUCGCCGGAUCCCAGGAUCAUCAUCAAACACCGGCCCUUCCGCACCACCUGGAGCCAGCUACCAGAGGUGCGAGGCAGCUUGAUUCUGCACGAGCUGACGGCCGAUGAGCGCAAGAGGCAAGAGGUGAUAUUCGAGAUCAUCACCUCGGAGCACUCGUACCUGCACAGCCUGGAGGUGAUGAUCGGCCUCUUCAAGGAGUCGAGCGAGCUCGGGUCGACGAUGAGCAAGCUGGAGCACCACCACCUCUUCUCCAACGUCACCGACAUCCGCGACGUCAGCAAGCGCUUCUUCGACGAGCUGGAGGCGCGCCACCAGGACAACGUCGUCAUCGAGGACAUCAGCGACAUCGUGGAGACGUACGCGUCGCAGUACUUCCAGCCGUACGUCACGUACUGCACCAACGAGACGUACCAGCAGCGCACGCUGCAGAAACUCUGGAGCUCGAACCCCCUGUUCAAGGAGACGCUGCGCAGGAUUGAGAUGAAGCCGGAGUGCGGGGGGUUGCCCAUGAUCUCCUUCCUCAUCCUGCCCAUGCAGCGCAUCACUCGGCUGCCCCUGCUCAUGGACACGAUUUGUCAGAAGUCCAAGCCGAACACCUUCCAGUACGAGACGGCGAAGCUUGCUCUGAAGUCAGUGAGCAAGGUGGUGAGGGACUGCAACAACGGAGCCAAGCGGAUGGAGCACACCGAGAUGAUGUACACCCUGCAGACUCAGCUCGAGUUCAAAAUCAAGCCGUUCCCGUUAGUUUCCGCGUCGCGGUGGCUGCUGAAGCGCGGGGAGCUCGCCACCUUCGAGGAGGAGUCGAGAAUCUUCCGCAAGAGCCACAACAAGCAGCUGGUGCACCUCUUCCUCUUUACCGACGUCCUCAUCAUCACCAAGAAAAAGAGCAACGAGAGCUACCUCGUCACGGACUACGCCCUACGCAAGAAGGUGGACGUGAUGGCCAUCAGCGGGGAGGAGCUCGCUACGCAGGGUCAGGGAGGGGCCGGGGUCGCGGGGUCGCGGCCGUCUGCCGGGGAGGGCGGCGGCGGUGGUGGGCGGCAGGGCUCGGCCAACCACCUCUUCACCGUGACGAUGAGGGAGAACCACGCCGGCGAGCACGUGCAGCUCGUCUUCGUGGCCGAGCUGCUGAGUGACCGGGCGCGGUGGAUCACCGGCAUCCGGGAGAGCCGGCAGGAGGAGCCGGACCUCGUGCGCAAGACCAAGGAGCUGGAGAGCCGCGCGCAGGUGGAGGCCGUCAAGACGUACGGAGCGAAGCAUCCCGAUGAGCUGAGCCUGCAGAGCACCGACGUCGCCAUCGUCUUCCAGAAGGUCCUCGACAACGGCGAGUCGGGCUGGUACGAGGGCGAGCGGCUGCGCGACGGCGAGCGGGGCUGGUUCCCGACCGAGUGCGUGCGGGAGAUCACCAACGGCGACACCAUCAAGAGCAACCUGCGGCGUCUCGAGCGCCUCAUGGGCAUCGAGACCGUCGUGUGAUGCCUGCACCUAGCCUGGCACGGCCGGCGAGGGUUCCCGACGGCCGCGGCGUCGUCGCCACCCUCGCCCAGCCCCGCGCCCGCUUACACCGUGUCGGCGUUGGCGUCGCCCGAUACAUCGAGGGGGCGGAUAAGGACGCUUGACGUUCGGAGGAAUUGUCAGCCGAAGGAGCAAAAAUGGCUUCGGUGUUUUAAUUUAAACCGGCUGUGCUCCUGGAACGUUUUUUUACGAAACCUCAAAGUGAUCAGAUCAAUUUUGCACACGCACACGUGUAGACUUGCAUGUAAACAGGGGGGCCAUGGGGGGGCGGGGGGGGGGGGUGAGAGGCCUGGGGCAAAUCUCACUUCAGACUAAACUGGAAGUAUUACAUCUGUCACCGUGACGUCGAAGCGCUGGGCUCCCCAAAGCGAGUGGCCCGGGGCGGGUCACCCCUAGGGACGUCUCUGCAAACACAUAUAUACAUACACACACGUACGUUCUUCCAUAUGUCCUCUAACAGACUGGUGGGGAAGACACGUGCCCAAGUGCAUGCACGCACACAGAUCCAUGCAGUCGGCGCUGCCGCACGCCGUUCGCCACGCGGUGGCAGUGAUGACGGCACCACGGGCUGGGUGCGCUCUGAGGUCACGUGACACGUUGAAGCCACUUGUACACACUUGUUCAAAUACAUACAAACACUAAACU